GCAGCUAAUUGCAUGAGCUUUUGACAUCAAGCAAUUGGAUCAGUUAACUGCAAAGAGGCAGUUCAAUCUUUUUGUCUAGGAAGGCAUCAGACCACUUGGAUACAGGGCCACCUGUUCCACCAUUUGCAGCUGAAGUUUCGCCCGGAUUUCCCCAAACCAGAAUUGGGUUGUAGUAGGAAGACAUCAGAUCAGACCACCAUAAAAGGACACCUGUUCCGCCAAUUGCAGCUGAAGUUCCACUUGGAUUUCCCCAUACCACAAUUGUUGCAAAUUAUUUUCCAAUCGGUGUCAUCUCUCCUGCGACAGCAUUUAAAGAAAUUCAACGCCAACAGGAAGAAGAAUGAGUGAGGAUUUUAAGCCUGCGUCGCCGUAUAGGCGGUAUCGGAACAGCGACACUGAUUUGGAGUCUGGAAUCGGCCGUGUCGGCAAUGGCUCUACUGACGACGACGACGAGGGGACUUCUGGAGGGCCUUUUGAUAUUGUUCGCACCAAAAGUGCCCCUAUUGAUCGAUUGAAGAGGUGGCGGCAAGCUGCUCUUGUGCUGAAUGCAUCUCGACGGUUUCGCUAUACAUUGGACUUGAAAAAGGAUAAAGAGAGGAAGCUACUUUUAGCUAAGAUUAGAACGCAUGCACAAGUUAUUCGGGCUGCUGUUCUCUUCCAAGCAGCUGCACAAGGUGUAGAUGUACCAGGAUCCCCUUUGAAAAAGCCUCCAACACCGACUCGUACUGGAGAUUUUGAUAUCAGCCAGGAGGAGCUUUCUCAAAUGUCAAGAGAGCAUGAGAUUUCUGCAUUGCAGCAAUAUGGAGGGGUUAAAGGUGUAGCUGAAAAGUUAAAAACUAGUCUUGAGAAAGGAAUUCGUGGGGAUGAGACAGAUAUUUUGAAGCGGAAGAAUAUAUUUGGAUCCAAUACUUAUCCGCGGAAGAAAGGGCGAAGCUUUUGGAGGUUUCUGUGGGAAGCUUGUCGAGACACUACUUUAAUCAUCUUGAUGGUAGCUGCGGCUGCUUCUUUGGCCCUUGGGAUAAAGACAGAGGGUAUAAAAGAAGGAUGGUAUGAUGGUGGAAGUAUCGCGUUGGCUGUCUUUAUCGUCAUUGUUGUAACAGCCAUCAGUGACUAUCGGCAAUCACUCCAAUUCCAAAGUUUGAAUGAAGAGAAGCAAAAUAUACAUUUGGAGGUGGUUAGAGGUGGGAGAAGAAUCGAGGUUUCAAUAUUUGAGAUUGUUGUUGGUGAUAUCGUACCUCUCAAAAUUGGUGACCAGGUACCUGCUGAUGGAAUUUUGGUUUCUGGUCAUUCUCUUGCAAUUGAUGAAUCAAGUAUGACUGGGGAGAGCAAGAUUGUUCAUAAGGAUUCAAAGGCACCAUUUCUUAUGUCCGGUUGCAAAGUGGCUGAUGGUUAUGGAAACAUGCUGGUAACUAAUGUUGGGAUAAAUACUGAAUGGGGCUUGCUGAUGGCUAGUAUUUCCGAAGACAAUGGUGAAGAAACACCACUACAGGUGCGGUUAAAUGGUGUUGCAACAUUCAUUGGUAUAGUUGGUCUUGCUGUAGCUGCAAUUGUUCUCAUUGUCCUUUUCAUCAGAUUUUUUACUGGCCAUACUUAUAACACUGAUGGAAGUCGCCAGUUUAAAGCUGGGAGAACUAAAGCUAGUACAGCUAUAGAUGGAGCCAUCAAGAUUUUUACUGUUGCAGUGACCAUUGUGGUAGUUGCUGUGCCAGAAGGGCUUCCUUUAGCUGUGACUUUAACGCUUGCUUAUUCAAUGAGAAAAAUGAUGAGGGACAAGGCCUUGGUAAGGAGGCUUUCAGCUUGCGAGACAAUGGGCUCUGCUACCACCAUCUGCAGUGACAAAACAGGAACCUUGACUUUGAAUCAGAUGACUGUGGUUGAGGCCUAUGUUGGUGGGAAAAAGGUUGAUCCGCCUGACGAUAAGUCACUUUUGCCUCCUAAACUUACUUCUCUUCUUACUGAAGGCAUUGCACAGAAUUCUACUGGCAGUGUGUUCUUGCCUGAGGGUGGUGGAGAUGCAGAGGUCUCUGGUUCACCAACAGAAAAGGCUAUUCUUCAAUGGGGAUUAAAUCUUGGGAUGAACUUUGACGUUAUUAGAUCAAGUUCAUCAAUCAUCCAUGCUUUUCCAUUCAACUCAGAGAAAAAGCGAGGAGGUGUUGCUGUGAAACUGCCAGAUUCUGACAUUCAUGUUCAUUGGAAAGGGGCUGCUGAGAUUGUGCUUGCUUCAUGCACUGCUUAUAUGGAUGAAAAUGAUGGGAUCCAACCGAUUGAAGAAAAGGUGUUAGAUUUUAAGACAGCAAUUGAGGAUAUGGCUGCUAGAAGUUUGCGUUGUGUUGCUAUUGCAUAUCGCCAUCAUGAAGGCAAGGAUGUUCCAACAAAUGAGGAGGAACUCAGUAAUUGGCAGUUACCUGAGGGGCAGCUUGUCUUGCUUGCUAUUGUUGGUAUCAAGGAUCCUUGCCGGCCAGGUGUUAGAGAUGCUGUCCAGCUUUGCAUAAAUGCUGGUGUUAAGGUACGCAUGGUCACUGGUGACAAUCUCAACACUGCUCGAGCAAUUGCUUUAGAAUGUGGGAUACUAACGUCUGAUGCUGAUGCUACUGAGCCAAAUCUGAUCGAGGGAAAGGCAUUUCGUGCCAUGUCUGAAGAACGAAGACGAGAAGUUGCUGAGAAGAUAUCUGUAAUGGGAAGAUCAUCCCCCAAUGACAAACUUUUACUUGUGCAAGCAUUGAGGAAGAAGCAUGUAGUUGCUGUAACCGGAGAUGGCACUAAUGAUGCUCCUGCAUUACAUGAGGCGGACAUUGGUCUUGCCAUGGGCAUCCAAGGAACUGAAGUUGCCAAAGAGAGUUCAGACAUCAUUAUACUGGAUGACAACUUUGCUUCUGUGGUAAAGGUGGUCCGGUGGGGUAGAUCUGUUUAUGCCAACAUUCAGAAAUUUAUUCAGUUCCAGCUCACAGUAAAUGUUGCAGCUCUAGUAAUUAAUGUUGUUGCUGCUGUUUCUGCUGGUGAUGUCCCGCUGAAUGCUGUGCAGCUUCUCUGGGUGAAUCUUAUCAUGGAUACUCUUGGUGCACUUGCGCUGGCAACUGAACCACCCACGGAUCAUCUCAUGACCAGACCUCCAGUUGGUCGAAGGGAGCCUCUCGUAACCAAUAUAAUGUGGAGGAACUUGUUGAUUCAGGCUCUUUAUCAAGUGACAGUCCUUCUGAUCCUGAAUUUCCGUGGCAAAAGUAUCCUCCAUCUGGAGCAUGACAAUGCUGAUCAUGCUAAUAAAGUCAAGAAUACGCUGAUAUUCAAUGCUUUUGUCCUUUGUCAGGUUUUUAAUGAAUUUAAUGCUCGAAAACCUGAUGAGAUCAACGUUUUCAAAGGAGUCACUAAGAACCAUCUCUUCAUGGGAAUAAUUGGGCUUACAGUGGUUCUUCAGGUGGUUAUAAUCUUCUUUCUCGGUAAAUUCACUUCCACGGUUAGACUCAGUUGGAAAUUGUGGCUUGUGUCCAUAGUCAUCGGAUUGAUCAGCUGGCCUCUUGCUGCUAUUGGGAAGUGGAUACCUGUCCCAGAGACUCCUCUAGGGGAACUUUUGACAGGAAAAAUACGGCAACAGAGAAAUGGAGGAGGAGAUUAAGUACAAGGGCUUAGGACAUAGUGAAGGUGUUUUUCUGUUCGAACUUCUCAACUGCAAGUACAGAAUACUUUGAAAGAAAGAUUUAGGGAUCUGACUUUAACCGACUUUAGCGAGCAAAUUCCACAGUUUCAGUUCUUUUUGAUGCAAUUCUCGCCUUAUUACUGAUGCCAAAGUUUAUUGUUUUGGCUAAUAGUCGCUGUAAAUGUACACACUGACCAGUGUUUUUAAAAUGGGACUGGAUCGACCGGUUGAACCGGAAUCGAGCAUAUGAAACCUAUCCCAUUGUAAUGCCGGCCGGAAAUAGUAAUUUACCCUCAAAAGUGGUAAACCAGCCGAACCAACAGAGUCCGGUUCUCAAUUGGUAUUGAAAUUUGCCAAAAAAGCCAAAGUUUUCACUGGUGUCCA